AUGGCCCCAUCCAAAUUAGCCUUCUUGGUGUUGUUGAUCUCUAUCAUGGAAUCGGCCCAUGAGAUUGGAGCGAUUCCGCAUCCCUCUUUCAAAGAUGCUCGCUUCGUUGAUUCAGCACAUGUCCCAGUCCAAAUGCCCACAGUCCAAAUGCAUGAUGUCGAGAAACCACUGGCUGAAAGGGUUUCACCAAGUCUGCAAGGCCCUUUGGAGAGGGAACAAUUCCAUGACAGGCAGAUUCAUGAAUCUAUUCCUUCUCAAGAUGAUCCAGCAUCAUUCAUGGUUUGCAUCCAGCCCGAAGCCAAGUUCAGCCAUGUCAGACGUGGAGCCCAUGCCUUCAGGUAUGCUGGCUUCAUCAUAAACGAUAGUCAAGUCAAAGUAAUCAAGUCAACUCCUCGCUCCAACAACGAUGAAGAUCUUAUUCCAAGCCGUCGUGAGCAUACGGAGUCCUCGCUUAGGUGGAAUCCAACGCCCCCAAGGCCCUUGAAGAGAACACGGUUUUCGGAUGAAAGUGUUGGCAGUAAACGUCAACCUAGGUGGUCUGCAGAAAACAACGGACUUCCUACCGAGUCGAAUAUCCGCUGGACAAAAAGUAGUUCGAUCCCAAGCCAUCAUGACCACGAAAAUUUGCCGAUUGAGAAACAGGCUGGCGUGAGUUCCUCGAGUGGAAAAGGUGAAAGUGAUUCAACUACCAGUCGUAGCAUGGGCCAAGAUCCAGUCGAAUCAAGUACCGUACAAAAAAUGGAUCUUCCCGUCAAGCAGCCGUUGAAAAAACAAGACUGGAUGACUGGACAAAUCAGUUUUUUUUCGUCAGAGUAUUCGAAGAACUUGCAUACCAUCUAUCUUCGCUUGGGCAAGUUAUAUGAUUCGUCGAAUACAGUGAGAACGAUAUCAAAAAAACGGAUGAUUGGUGUACCAGUGGUGAUGACAAGUAUCCAAAUGGGAGAAAGUCCGCUGACGCUGCUCAAUUGGAUUGUCAAGACGGAUGGAAAUCAUUGUCCCGUUAAAGAGUUAAUUAGCAAAUUCAAGCACCUUGCAAACUUCAUUACCUGUUAUCAUUCGGAGCUUUUGAAAGCACUAGGAAUCGACGUUAGCGAAUUUGGCACCCUGAAUGAAGCCUUACUGAAAUGGGUUCUAAAUGAGAUAUUCAAUCCUUCCACUGGCUUCCCAAUAAUCGGAAUGAUUACUGAUCAGAAACUGGUCCAAGGCUUGGGGAAAGAAGAAUCCCCGUUCCGGGAUCUGGAUGCCUACCUCAGUAUUUAUUUCAGUCGACCUGAAGCUGACCAGGAUUCCAGCAAGGAUGCAUGUGUCUUAAUCAACUACUGGUAUCGCUCCCAACAAACCCAAAUCCAUAAAAAAUUCUCCGGCAAUGACAAAGAUCAUUUCAUGCAUUUAUUGAAGAAAAUUCACAUGGAUUUCUCUGUUCCCACUCCCUGAUUGUCUCUCCCAUUCUUUCCCUCAAUGGUUAAAUCGCUUCAAAUCUCUCUAACCUUCGACAGUCACGUUUGCUUGUUUGGAUUUUGUGUUUGAAUCUUUGUAGCAAUUGAUGGAUUGAUUCAUUUCUACCAUGCAGAAAUUUUCAAGGCGGGUGAUUCAAGCUAAUUGGCCGUAGCUUUGUUCACGUAUGAUUUCCUUUGCAUGUUCCCUUUUUACUGCUGAGCCAUACUCGAAGAAAGUCAACCGCAAUAAUUCUUCAAUUUUCUAUGUAAUUGUGAAGCAAUUUCAUGAAAACCAAGCCUAAGCAUGGAGCUUAUAACCAUAAGGCUCCAGCCCAG